GGAGCGCGCGCGGCCAUGGAGCAGCUCGGGCGCGAGUACGCGCGGCUGUGCGCGGCGGCGGGCGCGGCCCCGCAGGAGGCCGUGCUGCGGCGGCUGCGGGGGCCCGGCGGGGGCCGCCUGGACCUGGCGGCGCAGAGCCUCUCGCUGCCCACGUGCAGCGCGCUGGGCCGGCUGCUGCCCGGGGCUGCGCCCUUGGCCGCGCUGGCGCUCGGCGACUGCGGCCUGAGCGAGGAAGGUGUAAGACUUUUGUUGAAUGGUCUUUGCACCAACACCACAGUCAAAUCUUUGGAUCUGAAGGGAAAUAACCUGCGAACCACGGGAGCUGAGGCUUUGGGAAAACUUCUUAGGCAGAACAAAUCCAUCAGGAGCCUGACCUUAGAAUGGAACAGCCUCGGUAUGUGGGAGGAGGGCUUCUCCUUUUUCUGCCAAGGACUGAGAGCAAACAACUUUCUUCAACGUCUGGAUCUGCGCAAUAACCAGAUUAACCAUCAAGGGGCUGGAGAGCUGGCCAUGGCACUGACACAAAAUACCAGUCUUCAGGAGCUGGAUUUGCGAUGGAAUAACAUUGGGCUUCUGGGUGGCCGAGCAUUGCUGAACUGCUUGCAUAGCAACAAGACCCUGAAGAGGCUGGAGCUGGCAGGGAACAAUGUUCCUGGUGACAUCCUGAAAGCUGUGGAACAAGCCUUGGAUCACAACCAAGACCGUGAGGCUAUCCUGAGCAAGGCCCAGAACCAAGUGAACAUCCUCAGCAAGGAGGUUUUGAGUCUGAAGGAUGAGAAGAACAAGCAGUUCAUGGAUUUUGUGGAUACUGUAGACAAGCAGAAAGAAGAAAGAGCCAGGAGUGAGAAAAUGUCUGCAGCACGAGUCAGCCAGCUGCAGGAAGCAUUGGAUGAGCAGUACUCCAUUAUGAAUUCACUGAAAACCAAGCUGCAGAUGACUGAAGCUGCCCUGACUCUGUCUGAGCAGAAGGUGCACACGUUGGGAGAGCUGCUGAGUGCCAUGAAACAGGAACAAAACUCUGUGGCUGAGUCCCACUUCAGGGAGCUCCAGCAACAAAAGCAGGAAGGUGCUGAUCGGGAAAGCAAGCUUUUGCAUGACUUGUCUGCUGCCAGUGAGAAAAACCUGCUGCUGAGAAAUCAGGUGGAUGAGUUGGAGAGGAAGUGCAAAGUUCAGCAGGAUCAGCUGUUCCAGGUGAAACAAGACUUGACCAACACAACAGCAGAGCUGAAGCUGCGGGCUGUGGAGGCUGAAGAACGUCUGGAAAUGGAGAAAAGAAGAUUUAAACAAAGCCUUGAAGACAUGGAAUCCCUUCGGGUAAAAGAGGUGGAUCGUGUGGCACAGCAGAUGGAGGCCAGUGAACGUUCCAUGCACGACAGGAUCCAGAGGCUGGAGGCCAUCAGGAUAUCUCUGGACGAGGAGCUGAGCCAAGUCAAAGCAGCUGCACUAGCUGAGCGAGGACGGGCAGAGGAGGAGUUGAUAAAAGUGCGGAGUCAGGCACGCCUGGAGGAGCAGCAACGCCUAGAACACCUAGAAGAGAAGCUGCGGCUGAUGACUGAGUCAAGGGAUGAAGCUCAGAACUGCUGCCUUAAGCAAAAGGAAAUGGUUGCUGAGGCCCAAGCUAAAGCCAAACAGUUGAGCCUGUAUGCUGAUGGACUCAAGAGGAGGCUGGAGGAACUUCAGCAGUACGUGGACAGGAAGGAAGAGGAGAAAGUGACAGAGCUAAAUAAGGUGAAAGUGGAAUUACAAGAACAGAUUGGGCACCUGGAGGCUGAACGCACAGCCCAGGAUGGGCUGAGAGAGAAGAUUGCAGCUCUGGAAAGACAGCUGAAAGCCCUAUCCAGUAAUCACCGUGAAGCACUGCUGGACAAGGAGGGUGAGAUCUCUUUGCUGCUGGAGAAGCUGAGAAUGAAGGAGGCUGAGAUCUCCAGGAUGAGGGAAGAGGAGGCCCAGCGAGCAAGUUUCUUGCAGAAUGCCAUCAUGGCAUAUGUGCAGGGAUCUCCCUUGGGAACCCACAGUUCUAGGAAGUGAGACUGUGACUUAAAGGGUCCAAAUACCUGCUUGCAGUCAGGGAAAGGGUGAGAAUUCAGGUACAACUCCUUCUUCCUAAAUGGACAGUUCUGUCAAGAGUGGGGUGAUACAAAGGCUUGCAAAUAGUCAAAUGCUCUUGCUGUUCAGAAAUCUUCCUCCUGACAGCAUGAAGGAGAGGAAGAAACAACCGUCUGGGCCUGGGGCUCUGAGUCCA